GCGUGUUGCUUCUCUUGUAGUGAGAACGGGGGAUAGUCCUUGGUCUAGGAGCAUCUACGCAGCAUUUAGCAGCGCGGGGAACACCUUGAUCAACUGGCAUCCCCGGUAAAUAGUCCCUCUCUAUCUCUCUCUUUGCUAGGGACAUCUUUCCUCCCCUAAGCAAUCAUGGCGACCGUUGAAGCUCCUGCGCUUCGCGCGGCUGCAUUGGCGAGUGCUCGUCCCGGUCUGUCCGCAUCCAGCUCACGGCGCACCGUGGGAUGGCAGGCCGUGAGCCACUCCGCUGGUUUUAAGAAGCUCGCGGAGAGCGUUCGUGGAACGGUGAAGGUUAGGGCUGUAGCGGAGAUCAAGCCAGCGACUGCUGAAUCAGCAAAGAUGAAGGAUGUCGCCCGCCCUGACUCGUUCGGACGUUACGGCCAGUUCGGCGGCAAGUACGUGCCGGAGACCCUCAUGGCCGCCUUGGAUAAUCUCGAGAAGACUUAUAACGAGACGAUCAAGGAUCCCGCGUUCCAGGCGGAGUUCAACUCCAUCCUCAAGGACUACGUGGGUCGCGAGUCGCCGCUUUACUUCGCGGAGCGCCUCACGCAGCACUACUCGCGCCCCGACCCCGACGCGCCCGCCGACUCCCCCCGCCGCAUCGGCCCGCACAUCUACCUGAAGCGCGAGGACCUGAACCACACGGGCGCGCACAAGAUCAACAACGCCAUCGGGCAGGUCCUCCUGGCCAAGCGCAUUGGCAAGAAGCGCAUCAUUGCCGAAACGGGCGCGGGGCAGCACGGCGUGGCCACGGCGACGGUGUGCGCGCGGUUCGGGCUGGACUGCAUCGUGUACAUGGGCGCUGAGGACAUGCGGCGGCAGGCGCUCAACGUGUUCCGCAUGCGGCUGCUGGGCGCCGAGGUGCGCGCAGUGCACAGCGGCACGCGCACGCUCAAGGACGCCACGUCAGAGGCCAUCCGCGACUGGGUGACCAACGUCGACACCACGCACUACAUCCUCGGCUCCGCUGCUGGCCCGCACCCCUACCCCAUGAUCGUGCGCGAUUUCCAGGCCAUCAUUGGUCGUGAGGCAAAGAAGCAGUCCUUCGAGAAGUUUGGCCGGCUGCCCGACGUGCUGCUGGCGUGCGUGGGGGGCGGGUCGAACGCGAUGGGUCUGUUCCACGACUUUGUGGAGGACGAGGGCGUGAGGAUGAUCGGCGUGGAGGCGGCGGGGCAUGGCGUGCACACGGACAAGCACGCCGCCACGCUCACCGCGGGGGAGGUGGGCGUGCUGCACGGCGCCAUGAGCUACCUGCUGCAGGACUCGGAUGGGCAGAUCAUUGAGCCGCACAGCAUCAGCGCGGGCCUUGACUACCCCGGAGUGGGCCCCGAGCACAGCUUCCUCAAGGACAUUGGACGGGCGGAGUACUUUAGUGUGACCGACGACGAGGCCCUGCAAGCGUUCAAGCGCGUGUCGCGGUUGGAAGGCAUCAUCCCGGCCCUCGAGACGUCCCAUGCCUUGGCCUAUCUAGAGUACCUGUGCCCCCAGCUGGCCGACGGCACCAAGGUCAUUGUUUGCUUCAGUGGGCGCGGUGACAAGGAUGUCAACACAGUCAUUAACCUGCUCGGGGAGGACCUUUGAACAGUGUGUCUUGCCCACUUGUGUACAACCUGCCAUCAUGUGAAUGAUUGCCCUCCUAAUAAUGCUUGGGAAGUAUGGUCUUGUAUUGUGCUCAGACUCUCAACGCCAUGCUUGUA